ACACAAAGCACUUUCACUUUCACUUCUGACACGACGUCUCUAGACUGGGCUGUCAAGAAGAGUUAAAGAGCAGUUUUGGAUCCGAAGCUGGUAGUCAUGAUGAAUCUCAGUUCAUUUGGAGAGCUGCGGAUCAUUCUUUUGGGUCAAAAAAAUGUUGGUAAAAUCUCAGCAGGAAACACUAUCCUGAGUAAAAGGGAAUUUGACUUGAGGAAAAUGCAUUGUGCGGAAGCAUGCAGUGAAAGAGCUGGCACAAAGAUCACUGUGGUUGAUACUCCAGGCUGGUGGGGAAAUUUACCCUUUGAAGAAAACCCUGAACUGUGCAAACAGGAAAUCAUCUUGAGUGUGACAAAAUGUCCUCCAGGACCUCAUGUGCUGCUGCUGGUCUUAAAUAUAGACACACCGUUUAAAGAAAACGAAAAAGACAUCCUAUGUGAAAAUAUUAAAUGCUUUGGCGAGGAAGUAUGGAGGUAUACAAUAGUGCUGUUCACCUGUGGAGAUCAACCAGGAAGUAUAACCACUCAACAGUUUAUUGAGGAUGAAAGUGAAGUACAGUGGCUGAUAGAGAAAUGUGGGAAAAGAUAUCAUGAGCUCAAUACUAAAAACUGGGGCGAUGGAUCUCAAGUAACAGAACUGCUUAAGAAAAUACAGAAGAUGGUGGAAGGAAACAGAGGCAGACAUUAUGAAAUAAACAGAGAGAUUUUGCAGCAGGUGGAGGAGAAGAGGAGAGAACAGAACAAGAAAGCAACUGAAAGAAGAAUGAAGAUUCAGCAGCUGAAAGACAAGACCAGAACAAGUGGUCUCUCAGAGCUGAGGAUGGUGUUGCUGGGUUAUUAUGGAUCUGGGAAGAGUUCAGCAGGAAACACCAUCCUGGGAAAAUCUGCAUUUGAUUCCAAAAGAUCAUUGACAUCUGCAGUACAAGAAGGAGAUGUUGCAGGAAGACACAUCACUGUGGUUGAAACUCCAGGCCGAAGAAGAAAUUACUCUUCAAAAUACACCCCUAGACUCUACAAAGAUGAGAUUGUGUUGUGUUCGUCUCACUGUCCUCCAGGACCACAUGCCUUUCUGCUUGUCAUAAGAGUGGACGUUUCUUUUACUGAAGUUUACAGAAAGGCAGUAGAGGAACAUGUUGCUCUUCUUGGUCUCAAUGUCUGGGACCACAUGAUUGUUCUCUUUACCUUUGGUGACUGGUUGCGAGACACAAGCAUUGAGCUGUUCAUUGAGAGUGAAGGAGAAGCUCUUCAGUGGAUAAUAGACAAAUGCGGGAACAGGUAUCAUGUCUUCAACAACAGAAACACAGAUGAUGGCAAUCAAGUGACAGAGCUGUUUGAAAAGAUAGAAGAGAUGGUUGAAGGAAACAGAGCACGCAAUUUUAGGAUUGAUAAUCAGCAUGUAAAGAAUGUGAAAGACAGAAGGAUGAAAGUAGAGAAAAUAGUAAAACAAAUGCAAGAUGAAGUGCAAAAAGUAAAUGAAUUUAGACAUUCAAAGUCAGGAGAUUCUAAACUUUCUCAAAUGAGGCUGGUGUUGCUUGGAUCAGGUUGUUGGGUCAAGAGUUCAACAGGAAACACAAUUCUGGGUAGAAAGGCAUUCAGCAGAAAAAGGUCAGAAGAGAAUCUCAAAGAAAAUGGGGAGGUUGCAGGAAGGAAGCUCACUGUAGUUCAUACACCAGGAUUUGAGAAAGAUUACCUUACUGAAAAAAGACUUGAGGAUGCCAAACUAAACAUUUUGAGAAGUGUAACCGAAAGCUCCACUGGAACACAUGCUUUUAUUGUAGUCCAGAGUGUUGACUGUUCCUUUGCAGAGGAAGAGAAAAGUGCACUACUGAAAAUCAUGGAGCCUCUCGGCGAUAGAGUCUGGAAUCACAUAUUGGUUCUGUUCACUGUAGGAGAAAAACUAGGAGAAACUCCCAUAGAGUUAUUCAUUGCAAGUGAAGGUGACGCUCUCCAGUGGCUCAUUGAGAAAUGUGGGAACAGGUAUCAUGUUCUCAACACUAAAAACUGGAGUGAUGGAUCUCAGGUCGCAGAACUCCUGGAGAAGAUUGAGGAGAUGGUGGCAGCAAACAGAAGACAACAUUAUGAAAUUGACAGAGAGACUUUACAAUGUGUGGAAGAGAAGAGGAGAAGAGCAGAGAAAAGAAUGAUUCAGCACCAGGAAUAUGAAACAGAAAAUGUGAUGGUUGAAAGAACAGAUCCUCUUCCCAGUAAAAGAGCACGUAGUAUGGAUAUCCCUUUAAAUGUCUCUGAAGUCUGCGAUCCUUCUUUGGGAAGUUCAGCUUAUGUGUCCAUGAGUGUCUCAUCAAAAGAAACACAUGAAAAGUUCAAUUUCAGCUUCAGUUCACAAAUGACCUCUGGAUGGGAGUCUCUUAACUCUAUUCCAGAUUCUGAUGAAGAACCUGCUUUAGAAGAAUUUUGGAAGAAGAAUUUCAGUGGGGUUAUGGAUCCAAGCAGUUCACAUAGUUCCUCAGAGCUGAGGAUUCUCCUUUUGGGUCCAAAACUUGAGGAGAAAAGUUCAGCAGGAAACACAAUCCUGGGCAAAAAGGAGUUUGACUUGAAGACUUUGCAAUGUGUGGAGAGACACGGUGAAAUCGCUGGCACAAAGAUCACUGUGGUUGAUACUCCAGGCUGGUGGGGAAAUUUACCAUUUGAAGAAAACCCUGAACUGUACAAACAGGAAAUUAUCCUGAGUGUGACAAAAUGUCCUCCAGGACCUCAUGUGCUACUGCUGGUCUUAAAUGUAGACACACCGUUUAAAGAAAAUGAAAAAGACAUUCUAUGUGGUAACAUGAAAUGUUUUGGUCAUGAAGUGUGGAGGCACACUAUAGUCCUGUUCACCUGUGAAGAUCAUCAUACAAGCACUCAACAAUUUAUUGAGAAUGAAAAUCUCCAGUGGCUCAUUGAGAAAUGUGGGAACAGAUAUCACGAGCUUGAUACUAAAAACUGGGGCAAUGGAUCUCAAGUCAUAGAACUGCUUAAUAAAAUACAGGAGAUGGUAGAAGGAAACAGAGGCAGACAUUAUGAAAUAAACAGAGAGACUUUGCAGCAGGUGGAGGAGAAGAGGAGAGAACAGGAAAAGAGAGCAAACGAAAGAAGGAUCAAAAAUCAACAACUGAAAGAUGAGACAAAAACAACUGAAAAUAAUCAUCCCCUCUCAGAGCUGAGGAUGGUGCUGCUGGGUUAUAAUGGAUCUGGGAAGAGUUCAGCAGGAAACACCAUCCUGGGAAAAUCUGUAUUUGAUUCCAAAAGAUCAUUGACAUCUGCAGUACAAGAAGGAGAUGUUGCAGGAAGACACAUCACUAUGGUCGACACUCCAGGCCGGAGAAGAAAUUACCACUCAAAAUAUACCCCUAGACUCUACAAAGAUGAGAUUGUGUUGUGUUCAUCUCACUGUCCUCCAGGACCACAUGCCUUUCUGCUUGUCAUAAGAGUGGACGUUUCUUUCACUGAAGUGUACAGAAAGGCAGUAGAGGAACAUGUUGCUCUUCUUGGUCUCAAUGUCUGGGACCACAUGAUUGUUCUCUUUACCUUUGGUGACUGGUUGCGAGACACAAGCAUUGAGCUGUUCAUUGAGAGUGAAGGAGAAGCUCUUCAGUGGAUAAUAGACAAAUGCGGGAAUAGGUAUCAUGUCUUCAACAACAGAAACACAGAUGAUGGCAAUCAAGUGACAGAGCUGUUUGAAAAGAUAGAAGAGAUGGUUGCAGGGAACAGAGGAUGCUGUUUUAAAAUACAGCAAAAGAAUUUGCAAGAGGUACAGUCCAAAAGGAUGAAAGUUGAGAAAUUAGCAAAACAGAUGAAGGCUGAAGUUAAAAAAAGAAACGAUUUGAGACAUUCAACAUCAGGUGUUGCUGAACUUUUUGAAAUGAGGUUGGUGUUGCUUGGACUUCACCAUUCCAGCAUAAGUUCAACAGGGAACACAAUUUUGGGAAGGCAAGUAUUUGACCGAAGAAUGGAAGAGAAUCUAAGUAAUAAUGGGGAAGUUGCCGGGAGGAAAAUCUCUGUUGUUUGUACACCGGGUUUUGAGAAAGAUUUCCUUAUUGGGAAAAGACUUGAGGAUGCUAAACGCAACCUUCUGAAAAGUGUAGCAGAACAGUCUUCUGGACCACAUGCUUUCAUUUUAGUCCAGAGUGUUGACUGUUCCUUUGCAGAGGAAGAGAAAGGUGCAUUAAUGAAAAUCAUGGAGCCUUUUGGUGAAGGAAUCUGGAAUCAUAUAUUGGUUCUCUUUGCUGUUGGAGAGGAACUAGGAGAAACUCCCAUAGAGUUAUUCAUUGCAAGUGAAGGUGACACUCUCCAGUGGCUCAUUGAGAAAUGUGGGAACAGGUAUCAUGUUCUCAACACUAAGAACUGGAGUGAUGGAUCUCAAGUCGCAGAACUCCUGGAGAAGAUUGAGGAGACGGUGGCAGGAAAUAGAGGAUGUCAUUUUAGACUAGAUGAAGAUACUUUAAAAUGUACUGAAAGAACAAUAGCUGUACCCAUUACAAGAUCACACAGUAUGGAUGAUCCUGUAACAUUUUCUGGAAGACACAGUUUUUCCUCAGGGAUAGGUUCAGCACAGGUGUCCCAGAGAUCCCAAGAAGCACCUGAAGAGUCAAGUUCAAAAAUGAGCUCUGGAGUGGAGUCUCUUAGCUCUAUUCCUGAGUUUGAUUGAGGCCUGGAUUCUGAUUCAGAUACACAUGCAGUCUAACAUUGUCUUGUUUGCUUAAUUUUAUUAUCUUAUACAUUUGUAUUACCUGUUUAGAUCUGUACAUAGAGAACAGAGAAGGAACAAAAAAGGUUACUUAUGUUCAGUAAUCGGUAACUUAUCAACAAUCAAAUCUUUUUCCUUUAUGUUUUGAGUAUUUUUUUAUAAACUAAUGACUUCAUUUUUAUGAAUAUGUCAUUUAUCAGACAUGCACUGUAUACAGUUCUUCUUUAAAAUGUUUUCAGAUUUUGAAAAUACAACUUUAAAUGGGUGUAUGGAUCUAUGGGUGUACUCACACUAGCCAAUUUGAACCGUGCCCGAGUGCGUUUGACCACCAAAGCGCGGUUCCUUUGACUAGUGUGAGUGCUCGAUUGGCCGGCCCUGGCCCGCUUGGAAGAGAUGGGCCAGAGCACGGUUCAGUUGGACUCAGUCGCGUCACGGUUUUGCAACGCUCCAAAACCAACAUGGCAGUGAAAGGGUUGCUUUGGUCUACAGCAGAGGUGCAAAACGCAUAAAAACUCAAAACUGCAAAGUCCUUGCUGCACUUCAGCUGGUACCUUGCAACAUCCUCAUACGAGCAGCACGAUUACGUGAACAUUUUCGCGCCACUAAGGCGACACAUCUGUUGAACAAUAGGCUGUGAGAGGGCUGUGGACCAGCGUGGACCAAACGACACAUAAUUAUCCACAAAGGAAAACAGAGCGAUGGUCUCCAUUGUGUUCAGAGAGCGCCGCUCUUCCUGUUUAUCCCGAAACCGUCACACCAUAAUGACGUAAGCGUGCUCCGGCACGAAUGCUGAAACCCUGUAUGUGAGUGCAGGCCAGAGGGGGAGUGGGGAGGGGGGACAAUCGUACUCGGGCCCAGUUCAUGGCAACCGUGCCUAGUGUGAGUACACCCUAUGUUUUUGAAUAAGCUCACCAGACUAUUAUAUGACUGAACACAUGGUGUCACUGUGAUUGUCUGCUCUAACCAUAAACAGCUUUUGUAAUUGCACACUUCACCUAGCUGGGAAGGCAAGUAACACUGGUCUUUACUUUAUGUUUUGUACUGUACAUGUAACAUAGCAAUAUUAAUAGUAUUAAAUUGUUUUGAUAACCCUGUGACUAAACGUUUUCUCAUUAUCACGACUGUGAAAAUUGCUGUAAUUAGUCAAAUCAAGUCAAGUCACCUUUAUUAAUAUAGCACUUUAAACAAAAAGAACAGUCAAAGCAGUGUUUCAAUAAUACCAAAUGACAGUUAAAGGCAGUUCAUCAUUGAAUGAUGUCAUCAUCUCAGUUCAGUUUAAAUAGUGUCUAUGUAUUCAUUUGCAAUCAAGUCAACGAUAUCGCUGUAAAUGCAUGUAAUCCAUGUAGCCUAGCUCAAUUAAAUAGGCUACCACUUUUAAUGCUCCGCAAAGUAAACCACAAUUUCACAUUACACAUAAUUCACAUUAUGUAAAUAAUACUGCACACCUAUUAAAUGUGUCAAAUCUAAAAUAUGGUAUUAGACUGUGCAGUUUAGAGAAAAUAUAAGCAAAGGCUCAUAGGCUUGACAUUUAUCCUGGUUGAAUUAAUUCUAAUAAACGCACAAAACUUCAAUUACUAAACUUUCAUCUAUAUCAAUAUUAAAUGAAUAUUAAAUAUUUUAACUACAGUGUUUUUCUUUCAUUUUGUUGUAAAAUGUAAUGUAUUUCUCAGUGAGCCACUUGUCAAAUGUAACAUCAGUGAGGCAAAGCUGACGGCGAAUGGUGAAAAUGUGCUUUGAUGCGCUUGUUUGAUAAUUUGUGGUUAAAGCGCCACUCAAAAGCUGCAAAUGCACUCUGCAGACCUGCUGCGGUGGUAGAACCAUCAUUUUGGUUGGCCGCCUACUGUAACAGGGUUUAUGCGGUGUUGUAAAAGGUAGUAAAUUAAAUUAUGCCCAAUUAAGGCCAGUAAAAAGUAGUAAACGUCAUCUGACUAGGUUAUAAAUUUUCGAAGCCCCAUCUAACUGGGUCUAUAUCAUGGGUGUCCAAACUAUGGCCCGCGGGCCAACUGCGUCCCGUGGUUCAGUUUUUAUUGGCCCGCAGCCAGGGUCCGAAAUUAACACCCGCCAAGCGCCGAGAUUUUCAGUUUGGCGAGUAAAUCUCAAAAGGCUAUCCGCCACACUGGCGGGUGAAUGUUCAUCAUACCCAAAUAGUAAUAAAAAAUAUUACAAUUGCCUUUUGUAAUGUUAUGAUGCCUGGAAAUUAGUUCAAAUUUCCUGCGAAUCUAGAGCGAGCGAGCGAGCAAAGGUGCGCAUGCAAACCAUGUAGCGAGCGCACAGCAGAGAGGGAGAGACCUUGCGUGUGUGUGUGUCUCUCUCUCAUGCAGUGGUGACGCGUUCAUAUAAACAGCACCUAAACGUUGAAAAAAAAAAAUUAUUAAUGCAUUUUAAUUGUUUAUUAAUAAACCAGUGUUUCUGUGUCAGCUGCAAAGAAAAAAAAAAAGCAUAUAUAAGUCGCACCCAACACAUUAUCAAUUAGCGGGUGAUAGCAUCAGCAUUAACUUAACGUGACAGAUCUUCGAUCAUUUUGUUAUACUAAUAUUUUUUUUUUUUGAAUUAUUAAUGGAAGUAGUAAAUACCACUGUACUUCCACUGUGGUAUUUGUUUUUGGUACACAAAUCCUACCAUGUUUUUACCGCAGUUAGCCUACUUCUACUGUGGUACUAUUUUGUAGUAACUUACUUACAGUAACAGCAAACGUUACUUUGCUUUUACCACAUCCUUGUUAUACAUACUAAAAACAGUUACAACAACACUUACCAUGCUUUUAAUAGAUUUGAUGUACAAUUCAGAAAUCUUGAGACUUUCAGAUCCUUCUCUUUUUUUAAUCAGUUUUAUUUUAUUGCCAUAUUAUUUAUUUAUUUGAAUAUACAGUCUUAUGAUUGUGGGGGGAUCUCGGGAUUUGUUGUAAAUAGUUACGCACACAAAAGGUUUAAUAAAUAAAGAUUCAGA